AUGCCAAUGGAUUACGAAAUGGAUGACGAAGAACUAGCCCAGGAUGAAGAAGACCAAGAUUACGAUGAGGACCACAGCCACUUCGACAACCAACGACUCAAAUGGAUAGCGGAAAUCUCAGAGUCGAUUGGCAGACUAUACACCAACUUGAAUGCGCUCAAUCGCAAUAUCGAAAGUGUCAAUCUGGUCGGCCGGCAGUUUGAGAACGUGUACAACUUGUGGUCCAAAUUCGAGCAGGUGAUCAGUGUACCCUCAGCUUCCGCCGCCGCGUCCAGCAGCAACACGACCAGCCCUGCUGCAAAUGUGCAGACCGAGAGCACCAGUGGGGGCGCGCCCGGACUGACAACCUCCUCCAACUCGGGAACCGUGAUCGAAUCCUCCGUCGAAUUGCGUGACCCUCAUUUACCACCCGGGGUCGCCCCUGGAGGCGGCUUGACGUCUUGGGGCGUCGAGCGCUCUUAAACUGCUGUCCAUUUCCCAUAGUUUUAUUCUCCAAAGAUCUGCAUUCUCAACGUCUUAAUUUUUUAUAAGGUUCCAAUGGGGAAAUGGCCGGCUUCAGUUCCAUUGAAUUUCUGGACUUAACCCCUCUCCAGCCACUGUCACUGGUCCUUCCUCCAGCAAACAGUUUUUGAUCAACCCUUCCCUCUUGUCCCAGAACAUCUCAUGUCACAUGUAAAAGAUGCAGGGAACUCAUUCA